AUGGGAACCAAAUUCAUGAUUCCUGUGAUUGGAGGGAAGGAGCUAGAUUUGCAUAUUUUAUAUGUAGAGGCAACUAACAGGGGUGGUUAUGAGAAGGUUGUUGCAGAGAAGAAAUGGAGGGAAGUGGGUUCUGUGUUUAGGUUCUCCGCAACAACAACAAGUGCUUCUUUUGUACUAAGGAAACACUACUUUAGCCUCCUUUAUCAUUAUGAACAGGUUCACUUCUUCAAGAUCCAGGGUCCAGUCUCUACUCCAGCAGUUGCAUUUUCUCUUAGCAGCCCUUCGAAGUCUGAAUUGGCUAUUGUGGAAUAUUCCCAAAAACCGAUAAGGGCAAAUUGUCCCAAUCCGCCUGCCGAAAGCUCUUCGUCCUUUUCGGCCAAUGGGACAAUAGAAGGGAAAUUUGACUGUGGUUAUCUAGUCUCGGUGCAAUUAGGGUCAGAGGUUCUCAAGGGAAUACUUUACCAUCCAGACCAGUCGGACUUGUCCAAUUCUAUUUCCCAAUACGACGGGGCCAUUGUUCCAUACAAUCCCAACCGGAGACGUCAUCUUUCUGGUCAUCGGAGGAGGAGAAGAAGCAGAAGAGCUGGGGAUCCCAGCUACCCCAAGCCCAACAGGAGUGGCUACAACUUCUUCUUUGCUGAAAAACACUACAAGCUGAAAUCCCUUUACCCAAAUAGAGAAAGGGAGUUUACAAAAAUGAUAGGCCAGUCUUGGAGCAAUCUCAGCGCAGAGGAGAGGAUGGUUUACCAAAACAUUGGGUUGAAAGACAAGGAAAGGUACAAGAGAGAAUUGAAAGAGUACAAGGAGAAACUUACGCUCGGGCAGGCCAUGGAAGUGGAGCUGAAUAUUAGAGCUAAAGAAGCUCAGGAUUGA